CGCGUUUUAAAAUUCAAAAUUUUAGGCUCGAAAAGUUUUCAGGAAAUAUUCUCAAUAUUUACUUGAUUUUCAGAGCAUUUAGCCUACCAAAAUGGCUACAAAUUUCGACAUUAAUACGAUUGAAGAUUUGAAGUAUAAUGAGCUGAGAAAGCUAGCCAAGGAUGCUGGAAUCAAAGCUAAUAUGAAGGCUGACAAGCUUCUGAAAGCUUUGAAGGAGUAUUACUUCAACCAGAAUGAUGAUACCAAAGUCACUCUUCCUGAGGUUGAAUCCAGCUCUACUGAAGAUGAGGCCACCGAACCUCAGGAAACAACUAAGAAAGCGACCAAAAGAGGAAGGGGCAAGAAAGCAGCCAAAAAAGGACGUGGGAAAAAAUCUGCUAAAUCUGAUACAGAAUCAGAGACAGAAGAUGCACCAAAGUCCCCGAAAGUAGCUACUCCUAAAGCUGAAAUUGUUACAAAGAAAUCAACUCCAAUUGUGAAGAAAGAAACUCCUAUUACAAAGAAGGUCACACCAGUUGUUACAAAGAAAACCAUUGUUACAAAAACUCCCACUGAUAAAGCUAUCACCACACCUGUAACAAAGAAAUCCACCCCUGUUGCAAAGAAAACCACACCUGUAACAAAGAAAGCCACCCCUGUUACAAAGAAGGCUACCCCUGUUACAAAGAAGGCGACCCCUGUUACAAAGAAAGCAACACCAGCCCCAAAGAGAAAGAGAUCAAGCACUAAGGAUACUUCAGUUGAAAGUAUAGAACAUGAUGCUCCCGUUGCUAAGAGACAGCGUAGAAGUACAUUUGAAAUCAAGCAGGCGGAACCCAAGAAAAACAGCGGUACAACAAAGGAGCUCGCUUCUGCCAUGAAAGGUGAAAUGUCAAAAGAUGAGAUGAAACAGAGUCUUAUGUCUGCGUUGGAGAAAUCUGUUAAACAGAAGGGUGCUUCACCAAAGAACUUGGAUAACGCCAAGAGAAAUAUUCCACGCUUUGCGGCUUUUUUGGCAUCUAAGAAACAAGAACAGAAACCAGUAACUCCAGGCAACAAAGACUGGGGAAAAAUUCAUGCCAAACAAUUUGAAAAGAUGGAUUCUAUUGAUGUCUAUUUGGCGAAAAAACGAAAGCAGACCGAGGCCAUCACUGCAUCACUGAAGAAAGCAAAUAUAACGGCAGCCCAGGCGAAAAAUACCAUUGAGAAAAUCAAGAAAAAUAAAACCCCUCUCAAGGGGCCUAAAAUAGCCAAGGGAGUUUCCCGUCCAAUGUUCAAAUCUCCUGCCCAUGGUGGAGUUCCAUUUGUACCUUCAGUGACGUCAACCUCUAACUUGAACCUCAACUUCUCCCAGCUGAAAACACCAGCAGGUAAUGUGUCAAAGAAAGCCCCUACUCCCACAAGGGCUUCACCAAGAGUUAAUACUAACACAAUUAAAAAGGUGACUGUGAAUGAACCAACAAAGGAGAACUUACCAAGAAAAUCACUAUCCCAUACAACAAUGAGAAAAUCUGUAGGAACACCAUUUAAAUCAACAUCCAAGGCCAACACAACAACAUCUUUGACCAACGCAACAUUCACUGCAAAACCAGCAUUUGAUCUGAAAGCCAGUUUGGCGAAGCCUAUGACGUGGAAAGCCUAUACUGGGAAGGUCCAGCCAAUCAGCAAGAAGACAGCUGAGCACAAAAAUUUGGCAAACAAGGGUCCGAAAAUACAAACAAAAGAGCAGAGAAGGGCUGCAACAAAUGCUCACAGAGCUGACAAAAAAUUUAAUGCACAAAUGCAGCGACGGAACCUCCAUGUAUAAACAAACAAUAAACUCACAACAUCAGUCUUUGUACAUAGCUUUAAAUACACACAUUCAGCGAAACUCAAUGACAUCAUUAAGUAAUGGUUCAUUGCGGCAGACAUUCAUGACUCUUACAUGUGUAAAUAGUUUAUCAUACUUACAUCCGUUACAUUAAGUUUUACAUAGCCCUUGCAGAUAGUGCAUUGGUGGAAGGAGUCUUCAUGACCCUUGCAAAUAACUCAUAGAGUCCAAGAGGAAAGAAGGAAUUACUCAAUGUAACAAAGCUAUGGACUAAUAUGAAUGCUUAAGAUGGGUUUAGGAUUCAAUAUAAAUUGCUUCUCAGGUAUAAACAGUAGAUGGAUUGUGAACUAUGGAUGAAUGUAUAACUAUAAAUGGAUACAUUAUCACCUUUUAAUGUGUUGAUAUUUCAUGAAAUAUGCUUGGGUGGUCUGAUAUUUGGCAUGAUCAUGUUCCCCAAAUCAGAUAUCAACUAAGGGUCUGGUUGUAAAACUAGACAUUUUCGCAUAAAGGGAGGCAAUGUAAUAUAAAGGGAGGAAAAUAUCAGACAAAUAUCUUAACAAAGGGCACAACAGUUACCUCCAUGUAAAACAAGCCUCUGCCGUCCUCCAAAAUUUAUAACUAUACA